AUGCAGAUGAAAGAAUCAGAGGUUGAAGAAAGGAACGAAUGGCUUCAGUUAUACGCGGAACCCGCAUUGUUCUCAAAGUGGCAAUCUAACUUGGAAGCAUUUUUGUAUGCAAAGCCAUUUGAAAUGAGGAAGAUAGUUGUAAGAACCAAAGAAGAAGUGGAGUUGAAGGAGAAGGUGAAGGCGGAGAAUGCAUUCUUCUACAUUAGCUUUAGUGUUGCGGUCAAGACUGCAAAGGUAUCAUAA